AGCAAUGAGUAUUUUGUCAAAGGUAGAUAAUUGCUUCUCCUGUUUUGUAAACACUGGUUUAAUUAAUUAUGGAUAUGGAUCAACCCAAGUUUCCACGUGACUUAAGCACAGUAGGGACUAAGUAAAAUGAAAAGCAGAGAAACUGAGAGAAUCUAUGAAAUGACUGAAUGAAGAUAAGUGCAAGACAAUGUGAAAUUUAAAACUUAGGAGAAUUUGAACAGUGGAUUAAUCUCAUGCAAUCAACCUCAAGCCAUUAAAUACAAGGUUUCCAAUUGUAGAUUAUUCAUCUCUGUAACACCUACCAAACGUUUAUACCUCACAAUACAGCUCUGUCUAUUACUAACUGACGUUUUAGUCUGUCUAUACCUUUGUAUUGCUACACAGGGCCCAUUUCAAUCUGUUUUAAUGCUAGCAAGCAUUAUAUACCAGGGUAGGGGGUAAACGAAUAUUACUAAAAAGUUCUUCAGACAUCCCAAAUAACCAAAAGUCAUAUUUCAAGAAAAAUGCCCAUUUAUUUAUGUUUCAGGCCCCCUUAAUCUCCAAGUUUGUAAGAAUCACUCUAAAUGAAAUGAUUGUUGGCCGAAAACAUGUUUUUGGUAUUCAUCUAACCCCGCUAUUUCAUCACUUCUGCACAAAUUCGGUAUCAAGCCUUAAUGAACAGAAGCCCAUAAAUGAAAGCCCUCAUACAAAUAUCCGUAAAAAUUACAAAGGCAAGCUAUAUAAACAAGCUGAUUUAGCGACAAGUAUAGAAUAUUUUAAUUCUGAUGUAUUUAGAAAUACCUAUAAAGGAAAACCUGUAUGGUUUUACUACAGACGCAACUAUAAGGGACACUUCCCUUCGAGUCUAACAAGAAAAAAUUGUGUUCAUUUAGGAAAAUUCGUAAGCUCAAAUCCAUGCCCCAUUUGUCGUGAUGAAUAUUUAGUAUUAAGUCAUCGACACAUUGAACUGUUAAAGCAGUUUAUCAAUCCGGAUACUUUAGAAAUCUUUCCAUUGUCUAAAACUGGUAUAUGCAGACAUCAGUAUAAAAUUUUACAACAUGAAGUUGAAAAAGCGCGUGAUUUAGGUUUAAUUCAAACAUGGUUACCUUUCUACCUAUAUAAUUACCAUGAUUAUUAUGAUUAUUUACCAGAGGAUCAAUUAAAUGAAUUACUUAAAAUCAACAACAGCCAACUUACACAUCAAGAUGCUGUUAUAUCGUCAAAUGAUAUUGCCUCCUUACCGUUGGAUAUACAAGAAAUAUUAAAAGCAAAUCAAUCUAUACCACAUACAGAGGAAUUCACCAUUCAAUUACCAGAAAUUAAUAUUGAUCGACCAAAGUUACGUGUAUUACAUAACAGUCUCCUUUCCAAAGAAGGAAAUUUAUAUCAACGGGCAAGAAAUUUAUGGACAUCAACUAACGAAGGUCAUGGACCACUGUAUUUUAUAGCUCCGCAAACACGUCUACGUGUAGUUGACAAUAGUCCAUGGAGUAGUAUUGCUCCCGCAACCCAUAUAAACACUGGUAAAGAUCAACCAGUCAAGAAAGUUCCUAACACUGAUCAAAAACUAUCAAAACCAGUUAAAGAUAUGAAAGAUGUGUCCAAUUUACUUUCAUUAGGUUCAAAAGUACUAUCGAUUAAACCGGCAAAGUGUAUUCGUGUUUAUAAUAAACGAAAUAAAGGAACUAUAGGUGAUAAAGUAUUGGUUGCUGUUAAUGGAGAAAUGAAAAAAGGUUGGAUUGUUGGUGCACGACUACCAUCUGUUAAUGGUUGGCCACGUUUUGACUCAAACAAUAUUGUGCUUAUUGAUAAUGAUGGCAAUCCACUAGGUACACGAAUACUUGUACCAGUACCAGCGCGAUUACGAAGUUUAUCAGGGGAUAUAACGAAAAUUCUAUCAAUAGCUAGUUCAUUUGUAUGAGAAAAAUAAUAAACGAAAUCGAAAACAAUAGUUUUUUCUAAUUAUUAUUUUCUCUCCUUGUUUAUCAUUGUUUUAAUAGAAGAAGGUUGAAGCGUAAAUGUGUUU